UGGCUACUUGCAGAAGAAAACAGAAAUGGCCGGGCAUUCCUUCUGGCAGUAAUGACUGUUUUGCUGUACGAUUCAAUUUACUGCAGAUUAUGCGGGGAAGAAAAUACAAAUGGUAUUCUUUUGUACGAGAAUGAUACAAAUUCAGGUGUGGAUAUUUGCUCUAUGAUCAACAAUUAUCUUCCAAUAAAGGUUGCAAAUGAUGGCAAUUUUCCGAGAACCAUUUGCCCUGGAUGUAACCUUCAACUACAUUCGACUGUACAAUUUUUUGACCUGCUUAUCGAGGGUCAGAAAAAAAUCAGAGAGCUCUGGAAAGAACAGUUGAUCAGAGAAAAAAGACGUGAGAAACAGCAGCAGCAGCAAUCACUCCUGAUAUCGAAGAAUAGACCGCAGCUGAUUGAGACCACUGCUGAUAUUGCUGAAUUAGUCUCCAAUCAAAAUCAAGUCACUCUCGACAUACAGGACAGCAGUGCUGGGUUCGAUCUUGCGGCAGCCAUAUUGCAAGCAAGUAGUGACGUAAAUGCAGAUGAUGUCAGUGCUGCCAACCUACAGGAACUAGACAGUCUUCAGCUUGACCAAGUGUUGGAGAGCGGAAGCGGAAAUAUAUUCGUAGAGGACCACGGCCUGGUGUUGCGAGCCGCCGGGCUGGAGAGACCGCGCAAGAAGCGAGGACGACCGCGGAAACAGGUGGUGGCCAAAGCUGACUCAGCUGACGAGCCGCUGCCUCUGACAACAGCUGAUGAUCAGCUGACGGAACAGGAUCAGCUGGAUGACGCGGAUGGACGGCGCAGGCGCAAACGGCAGAUUCCGCUCAGAUUCAGAGAAGCCGUGCAAGGAAUGGAAUUGGAGCGUAUCUUGAAAGAGGAAGGCGUUACUGACGGAGAAGACGAGAAUGAAUCAAUAUAUAGGACAGAUGGUGGUGGAGAAGGAGUAGGGGGAGGAGAGGGCGAUGCCAAUGUUGGCGACGAAGAUGAUCCAAUGAAGAACAGAGUGAAUGCCGUAGCUCCCGAUAGAGAGGUGAUUGGUCACCUGGAGACUGUCGACGGCCAGAACAUGGGCGAGCUGAUAAUUGUGAACAAGAAACUGGCAAAUGCGAAUGCCAACCGGCUGGCACGCUGGCAAAACCAGAAGCGACGCAUACGGCGCAGACGCAAACCGCGCUUCUUUUGCGAGAUAUGCGGCCGCACCUUCAUUCAUAUCGGCAAAUUUCGCUAUCACAAAUCUUUUCAUACGGGUAUAAGAUACGAGUGUGUCGAGUGCAAAAAACGUUUCUCUGCCAAAGAGAAUUUCGAACUCCAUCAGAAGAUGACUGGUCACACCGGAGAAGAUAUCUUAAAGGAAAUCGAGGAAGGUAGCAAAGAGAACCUAGGCGGCGGAGCGGAAGUGGUGGGGGGCAAAUUGGAGUGCCGCAAGUGCGAUAAGACAUUUUCCACCAAACAAAAUCUUGAGAAUCACACAAAGGUAGUGCAUGAACUGGAGAAGCCGUACAAGUGUGAAAUUUGUGACAGGCGGUUUGGCUACCAGAACAGUCUGCGGUGUCACAUACUCACUCACCAGGAGGGUGGUGGGGGUGAUCAGACCAGUCAAGAAGGUGGUGGUGCGUUCCCGUGCGACAUCUGUGGCCGACGCCUGAACCACCCCAGCUCUGUGGUCUACCACAAGGAGGCCGAACACAACGACGGUCGGCGCUUUGUGUGUGACCGCUGCGGCAAGGCGUUCAAACACAAACAGCUGUUGCACCGGCAUCAGCUGGUGCACACCGAUGACAGACCACACCAGUGUCAGACGUGCCAGGCGACUUUCAAGACGAAGGCGAAUCUGCUGAGUCAUCAGUCGACACACACAGGUGAGAAGCCGCACUUCUGCGAGAUCUGCGGUCAACAAUUCGCCUACAAGACCAGCCUUGUGUUGCACUACAGGUGGCAUUCCGGUGGUGGUGCGUUCCCGUGCGACAUCUGUGGCCGACGCCUGAACCACCCCAGCUCUGUGGUCUACCACAAGGAGGCCGAACACAACGACGGUCGGCGCUUUGUGUGUGACCGCUGCGGCAAGGCGUUCAAACACAAACAGCUGUUGCACCGGCAUCAGCUGGUGCACACCGAUGACAGACCACACCAGUGUCAGACGUGCCAGGCGACUUUCAAGACGAAGGCGAAUCUGCUGAGUCAUCAGUCGACACACACAGGUGAGAAGCCGCACUUCUGCGAGAUCUGCGGUCAACAAUUCGCCUACAAGACCAGCCUUGUGUUGCACUACAGGUGGCAUUCCGGUCAAAAGCCUUACCAGUGCGAGGUUUGUAAGAAGGCUUUCUCUCAGAAGGGAAACCUACAGGAGCAUCUUCGCAUUCACACCGGUGAAAAGCCCUACAGCUGCGUCUAUUGCGAUAAAAAAUUCACCACAUCCUCACAGUUCAAGCUGCACAUGAAACGCCACACGGGCGAGCGGCCGUGGAAGUGCGACACGUGUGGGAAGACGUUUCUGCACAAGGACACGUGGAAGUGUCACCAGCGCCGACACGCCAACGUGAAGCCGUACACGUGUCACCUGUGCCCGCGCCAAUUCAGCGAACACUAUGCCAUGAAGAAGCACAUGCGCCUGCACACCGGCGAGCGGCCCUACCAGUGCAACUAUUGUGGCAAACUGUUCUCUGACUGCUCCAACCUCGCCAAGCAUCGCAAGGCGCACGAACGUGAAGUGAAUAGUAAGGGAGGUGGUGGAGGAGUGGUGCUCACUGAGGAGGGAGGAGGAGAAGGACUGGUGCUCGCUGAGGAGGGAGGAGGAGGAGGGGCGGUGGAUCAGGAGGUGGUGGAAGUGGGAGGGGGAACGAUAGAGUUUACUGGCACUGAGAAUCUGUGGGGUGUGACAACUACUCAGGCUGCUGAUAGCGAUGUGCAGCAAAUCAUUUAUGUCACCUAUCAGGACCCCACCGAUCCCAGUGGCAAGGUAUGUGAGAAGUACCUGAUGCCCGGAGUACUGGCGGUGGGGGAGUGCGUGGAUGGUGCGGAGGGCGUCGUGGAGGGGGGACUGGCCAAGGAUGCGACGACACUGCAGUUCACCGACGAGCAUGGCAACCCCUUCCACAUCACUCUCAACGACAACAAUGAGUUGCAGGUGGGCCUGGAUGAUGGCAGCGUGGACGGGGGUGGGGUGGUGGGGGCGGCUACUCUGGACUCGUAUCAGUCGGCUAUUUUGGAAGCAAAGACCAGCAGCAACUACAUCAUCAAGGUCUCGCCUGAUUCACUGAUGAAUGGGGACGCAAGUAAACUGGACACCACCAUUGAAGGAGAUAUUCCAGCUACGUAUGCGUUUAUGAUUCAGAACGGCUCUAACAAAGACCAGCUGGAAUCUUUCAGUACCUCGGUGCAAAUACCUGCCGAAUAUCUCAAUAUCAACUAGAAAUCGACACCAACUCUAACCUCCAGUUUGAAUUUUUUACUCUAUUCUAUUCAUAUUCGUUUAUUUAUUAGUUCUCAAACAUUGCAAUAUUGGGAAAAAAGAACAAGCUUCUAAUAUCUUGUUUGCUUUUUUUUUCAUCGUGAUACGCUUUAUUUUAUAGAGAUUUUAUAUUAUAUUGAUUUGAAUUGUACAUACCGGGUGAUUCAAAAAGGACUUUACAACUUUGAAAUAGUUAUUUGUGCAACUAGUGCGCAAAGUGACAGUUUGCUGUACCGAAAUAAACGUUUACGCACGAGCCGUAGGCGAGUGCAGAAUAAAGGUUUCUUUUGGUGCAGCAAACGAACUUUGUGCACUAUUUCACAUUAAUUUUUUUCCUACAGUUACCAUUGAAUAUGAAAAGUGAUUAAUUAUGGGUAAAAUUCCCUGAAUUUAUUUAAAAUAAAAUAUAAUUAGUAAUUCAAUUGAAAAUUUAUUUCAAUAAAUAAUUGAAAUAAACCAGUUAAUUUGCAAAUGUAAAUAGUUUUCAAUUUCUAAAUAAUUUAUCAACCAAUCAAUUUUUAAAUAAAAAAAUAUAUAAUUUUAAAUAAUGAAUGAUAAAUAAAAUUUAUAUAAGUAUAAGUAUAUAAGUAUAAAAUUUAUAUUUUAUAAUUGUAUAUAAAAUAUACAAUUGAUUAUAUUUCAAUAUUUUAUAUACAUUAUUAGUAUUAAUAAUAAUAUCAAUUUAUUUAUUUAUCAUUUAUUGAAUUAUCAAAUUGGUUUAUUAAUUAUUCUAUCAUUAAUUUUUAUUUUAAUAUUUAUUAUUAAUUCAUCAAUUGAUAAUUCAAACAAUUUUAAUAUUUUAUUCAAAAUAAAAUAUGUUUG